AUGACGGUCAUCGUAUUCUUCAUCGACAGCAGCAUGGGUUCUGGAAACGUGAUCUUCCCUGAAGACGACAGCUUACUGGGCAGAGCAAAAUCAUCACCUCAGGUCCUCUCUAAUGCUUUCCUUUUUCUGAUCCUGACACAAGAACGAGUCCUCGGGCUUUUCUUGCAAGUCUUAGGGGGCGGCACCCGGGAACCUCUGGGCCUCCAGAGCCUGCGGAGCGUCCAGCUCGGCCAGGCUACAGAAAACUGCAUGUUGCUUUGUCUUCUUCCCCAGCCGCCUUCCCGCCCGGAGGAAAGUGAGCGGCGCCUUUGCAGGCGUUUCCUCUCAGGAAGGCGCUGGGAGGCCAGAGGCAAGGGCUGGAAAGGCGCCCUCCUCUGGGUGAGGGAGACCUUAAAACCAGCCCAUUCCACCGUCAAGGUCUGGUCCAGGAGCCUAGCAAGGACGCAGCAAGACCCCGGGAGUCACCUACUUUUCCUUGCUCUGAUCUUGUCAAAGUCAGCCCUCCAGCAUCUACCAGAGAAACCAGAGAGAGUGGACACAUGGAUACAAAUGCUUUCCGACUUCCGGGAAAAUGAUCUCAGCCCUUGCUCUCCCUGUCCAACAAGCAGCAAGGGCAAGUAUAUAGGCGGCCAGGCACCCGGUUACCUGGCAUGGUCCUCAUAUGGAUCCUCCCUUUACCUCUCUAAUACCUUACAGAGCCUAUUCCCAGUAAACUCCAGCUUCCUUGAUCAUGAGGUCUGAUGAUUUGGGGCAAAGAAUAGAUUCUUGGGGUAAGAAUGAGCACAGUAAGAAUGAGUGGGUAUCCUGGUGGCUUUAAACUGGGGAAUUAGCCAGUAAUUUAUAAACCCAGACGUAAGUUCAUAUGGGUGGAAAAGUCAACCUAGAGUUAUGUGAGCUUAUUAGCUAAGAAACUGGGAUGGUCCCCAGGAAUCCAGCUCAGGUUGCUAUACAUAAGCAUUCACCUUGGGGAAAGAAAGGAGGAGGCAAGAAGACCAGCUGAGCAAGAGCAGCCCCUGUAAGAGGCAUGGACUGGUGCUUAUUUGUCCAGUACCAUAUUCCUCCACAACCCCACCCAAGAUCCCUGUGUGGGAAGAAAAACCUUGCAGCAGGCAAGAUGUUAAGUACAGAGGUCAAAAUGAGGACUAGAAAGGAAGAUGAAAUCCUACCAUACAUUUAAUACUGUUUUCUGAAGGUCAUAGAAAAGCCCAGAUUAUGGAUUUUUCUUUUUGUAAUCUCAAAUACAAAUUUCUAAAAGUUGACAAUGCCAUGAACAUCACCAAAUUCAGAAAAUUACCACCACACCUUGCCAAAUUUAUUAUUAUUACUAUUAUUAUUACUGCUACUACUGUUGCGAAAAAUGUGCACUUGUGGUAUAGUAUCAAAUUUUAGAAGAUUGCACAAAUUUCUUUCGGAAAUGAACUGUAGGAAU